AUGGCUGCAGCCCGGCAGCUUCAGCCGCCUCCGCUCGCGGGGCUGGGGGCAGCCCUGGCCCUCCUGUGCCUCUCCGCUGGGGUCGAGGCAGCCCCAGAGUUUUCGGGCUACCUGCGCAAGGUGCUGAAGAACCACACUAUCCAUACCUGUGAUGGGGAGCAGCUGAUCAUCAUGUGCCCUCACAAGACCACUGUCAGCAUCCUUGGCGCGUUCUAUGGGCGCCGCGUGCCCAGCCCGCACCUCUGCCCCAGCCCUGGCAAUGCCUCUGAGGAGAGCACCGAAUGCAUGUCUGCCACAGCCCGCCAGAAACUGCUGGAUGAGUGCCAGGACCAGCGAUGGUGCCAGUUCUCAGUUCACAGCCAAGUCUUUGGGCCAGAUCCAUGUCCUGGGACACACAAGUACCUUGUCGCUUCUUACAAGUGCCGGCCAGCUAACCAUCGCAUCAAGACUGUGUGUGAGAAUGACAAGCUGAGGCUGCAAUGCCGGCCAAAAUCCAUCCUGGCCAUUUACUCUGCAAGUUAUGGACGAUUCCUGCGGGGCAAGCCAGAGUGUGAUGCCCUGAACACUGAGGGACCUCAUAUAGAGUGUUUGGCUCCCGACGCCUUGAGGAGGGUUUCCAAGAAGUGCCACCGCAAGGAGAACUGCACUGUGACUGCUGACAGAGCCACCUUCGGGGAUCCAUGCUUCCCCGGCAUGAAGAAACAGCUGCGGGUCUCCUACACAUGCGUGCCCAGGCAGCUGCUGGAGGAGGUGGGCCCUGACACCUCGGACCCCUUCCUGCUCUCGGACUACACACACGGUGGCUGGUACAAAGGGCCCAGGUUCUCCAGGCUCCGGGAAGACCUGAUGAUUUUUACUAGCUCUCUGGAAGCUUUUGCCCACAUUUGGGGCAUCCCAGAGAAAGUUGGCCUCUAUUUUCUGUGUGGGGUCUCAGGAGGCCUCAUGCUCCUGCUCUGCAUCAUCAGCCCCAAGAUGGCCUUCAUCCAGGACAUGAGGGAGGCUUUCAAAGACCCAGAGCUGGGGAGAAGCUCAGAGCUGAGUAGGACCAAGCUGCAGGACGAGCAGGAUGAAGACAUUCCUGAUGACAGCUCCUCAGACUCCUCCUUCCGCCGCCUCACCCGCACCUACCGGGCAACAGACAACAUCUUCAGCCCUGAGCUGACCGCGGCAAUGGAGGGGGCAGCAGAGCACCGGGGCCAUGAUGGGGAGGAGAUCUGGAUGCCCAAGGAGUCCAGCCCAUAUGCCAUCCACAAGAUCAAAUCAGCCACCAAAUGAGAGCUGGAAGAAGAGGGUUGUAGAGCAAUGAGUACUGGGGGGGAGGGAGGGGGAGGCAAAGCAGAAUCAGACAUCUGAAUGCCCUGCAAGGAAAUGCUCCUCAGCUCUUCACUGAGAGACACAAUGGUUUGGGUUCCUAGGAGCUGAAUGGAGCCGGGACCAGCAUUCCUGGCGUGGCACUAGUGGGAAAUCCUAAACAGUGGCAGAGGGCACUGCAGCCCUGGUGCAGCCCCACAGCUGAGAGGGGUUUCCUGAGAAGGCUGUCCCAGGAUCAGCCCACUGCUUCAAGUGGUGUGGAAACCUCGGACCUGACCCCUCUGUGGGAAGAUGUGAUCCCAGGGUGUAAAAAGGGGCUAAGGGAUGGCUUGUAGAGCCAUUGGCUCCUUUUCUGUGAGCACAUCACUAAUCCUAAUUUAACCUUCCAGUUCUUGUUGUGUUCUCUGCUUGCUCAGGCUUGCUGGCUCUCAGCACUUAACCCCUCUCAGUUCAGCAAAGUCUGGGAAACCCUGGUGCUUUUUGGGCUCUAUUUCCUCCUGUUUCUCUUCAUGUGCUGGUUCCUACCCACAAUGCUGUGAACGUCCCCAAAGGCUUGGACAGUAUGCCGAUGG